GGGCACAAUUUAGUAUACAUUUCAUGAAGUAAAAAAGUCUACAAUUAUUGUCAUUAUUUCUAAUGGUAAUUCACCAUUUUUUCUCCCAAAAGCCGACAGUUUUAGGAGGAAUAAUUAACAAGGACAGAGCUGAAAUCUGAGUAAAAAUUCCAGGACCGUUUAGAGGAUACAUUCUCACCACUGUUGUCCUGUUACCAGUGCUGGAUUAAUAUUCCUGUAAGGCCCUUCAUGAGAUGCCUGAAAAAGGCAGCAGCUCAGACUGUGUUGCAAUGAAUUCUAUGUUGAGAACCAGCAGCCUGGGAAGCUGUGACAGCGUGGUCAGCACCAACUCUGCAUUUAGCGAUGACAGUUAUGACUAUUUGUCAGCUGAAGAAAAAGAAUGCUUGAUUUUUUUGGAAGAAACUAUUGAAUCACUUGAUACUGAAGCAGACAGUGGAGUUUCUACGGAUGAAAAUGACCGUGUUGAAGAUUCAGUUGUGAAAUCGUCUGUCUCAGCACAGCAGUCUCCUCCUGCAAAAACUGUGCCUCGUGGAGAUUCUGUACAAAAUCAUGAGAAGCCUGCAUCUGAUGUGUGUAAUCCUGUAAACCAUAUAUCCGGAGCUUUUGUUCAUCCUGCACAUGUGCCGGCCAAUAGAAGAUCAAUUACACUACCUAAAUCUGAAAGCAAAACUCUGUCACCUACAUUUGAGCAGAAAGUUCUGUCACAUAAACUUGAACAAACAGCUUUAUCACCCAAGUUUGAACAGAAAGUUCUGUCGCCUCCGCUUGAACAGACUUCAUCUAAAUAUGAACAGAAAACUCUGCCACCUAAACUUGAACGGACAUCAUCCCCACAGAAGGCACCGGCUACUCAACUUGGACAGACAAAUCUUUCACCUAAAAUUGGGCAGAAAAAUGUAGAAGCUGCAAAAAUAAUGGUACCACAGCAGAUAGCUGUCCCAACUACAAAUGUAUCUAGAGCUUAUAGCGAGCCACAUAAAGCGACUAGUAAAGGAGAGAAUGCAAAAUUGCAGGUACCAGUGCAGUUACCUGAAAAGUCCUCUACACAUGACAAGUUUGUUCCGCCUCCUGAGCCUUUCAAAGAUCAGCACAAUCUCCAUAAGGUUGCAGAUAGUUCUGUUAGUAAAACAGGUUCAUUGAAUGUAGAUAUGGUUCUGUUUCCAGUACAUGCAGGAAAAAUAUUGAAAACAGACAAUGUUUCAGGUCUAACACCUGGAAAUCUGGAAUUGUUAAAACAGCAAGCAGCUCAAAAACGUGUUCCUUUAGAGCCACCUGGCCAAACUGACAAGCCUGUGGGGAAGGCAGAUAUGGUUUCAUUAAACUCUUCUGAAAAUUCAUUGCAUGUAGAGAAAAGUAGUCAUAUUAUCCAUUCUUCUAUUCCACCAGUUGGUGAAACGGCUGAUCAGAAAAUGAAGCCAGGGCCCCCAACUGCCCCCAAGCCAAAGAAACUACCAAAUAACAUUAUACUUAAGCAGGGAUACCAGCCUCCUCCACCAUCUACUUUAGAGGCACUUGAAGGAGUAAGGCUGUCUGCUCCUGCUGUUGUGCUGCAUGCAGACAUUGGUCCUUUCCGUAGUAGUGGUUCCUUCACAGACCGGCCCUUGUUGAAGAAAACUACCAUUUCUGAUCAACAGCAGGCAAGACAGGAAGCUCUUAAAAAACUUGGGCUAAUAAAGAAUGCAUCAAUUGGGACUUCUGUUAACUCAUGCACUCCAAAAGAGGAUAAAUCAGAAAGUGCUAAUUUGGCCAAGCCACUUACUCCUGACCCUGCUAUUACUAAAAAAAGUGAAAUUUCUGUGGAUAGAACCAAAAGUGCCAGUCAAUUUAACUUGGUGCAUAGGUCAGUAACUGAUGUAGUGGACAGCAGUUUGGCAACAGGUGGACACCCUUUCAAAUCAUUCUCUUUAGAACGUUCUGGCCCAAGUCUGAGCAGCUACAUUGCAAAUAAUAAACAUUUAGAAACCGGACUGGAGAAAAGUAGAUCAAGAAACUCGUUUGUGGAAAAUCUGUCUCCUAGUUUUUUGAGAAGUAACCGUCAACGUACUGUCUCACUUGGAACAAAAAGUGAUUUCACAAACCUUUCCGUUCCUCCGGAAGAAUCAACAGGACGUGAGAUGACUGACUUGAGGAGGUCAUUGCCUUCACAAAUAUCUACUAGGAAAUUAUCCAAACAUGGAGCCGACUUAGAUCCUGAGCCACUAGACUCUCUAAAUCACUUGAAAAGAACAAGUAUUAAAAAACAAGAGAUGCCCACCACUCGGACAGAAGUAGUGGACAGUGUAAGCCAUAACCCUUUCCCACCACAUAUCUCUACCAAUAGAUUAACAAAAGCACCUGGCACUAGACAGAGCUCACCCAGAGAGUCACCACACAGUGUACAGAUCGCACCCCGAAACUCUACAAAUGAACACAGAACAGAGGCACUUAAGAAACUUGGUUUAUUAAAAGAAGGCAAGAAAUGAUCCAUACACACUGAAGAGCUUGCACAAUAUUGUGGGAAUCAUUUAAGCAGCAGAAUAAUUUUACUGCAGAUUUUGGUGCGUGAAGCUGAAGUCCUAAUCCAUGAACUGAUCUCACUAGUAACCCUUUGAUUUUCUGGGAUGGCUGCAAAUUGCUGCAAGUGUCACUGAGGCAGGAGGUCAGCCUGGAUAGCAUUUUCAUCUAAAGUAACACAAAACAACUGUUGAGGCAGUUAACCUCAAAUGGGUGCUGUUAUUACCUUGGUGAUUUUUUUUCUAACUCGCCACUGCCUUUGACAGAAUGGGUUAUAUCAGUUAGAUGCUCAGCUCAUAUGUAACAAAAACCUGUUUUGUGAUAUUUUAAACCUGUUUAGUGUUGCAUUGUUAGUAAGCUAUCUUUCUAGUGAUCCUUCAUCAUUCGAGUGGGGGGGGGGGGGGCUGUUCUUUAUAUGCAGUAUUCUAGAUUUGGCAUACUGUAGUCACUCCAAGUGAUUAAUUCAGUUUGAUUUUUUUGAAGCUGCUAAUUUACCUCUCUAUCAAGUGUUUUUAUCCUGAGUGAAUCGCGUUAGAUUUCUGAGUAUUAAAACAUAACUUGACUGGCUCUUUAUCAGUACAAAGUUAACGGUUUUUGGAAUGUGAGAUAGUGGAAAUCCACCACUUGCGUGCUCUGCAAAUAUUCUAAAAUACUUUUGGUUAUAUGGUUCUUGCAAGGAAUGCAAGCAAAGUAUAACAAAAUGAAGUUAGAUGCAUCUCUUCUGUAAACCAUUGUACAAUCUCUGACAAGUGUCCUGUAAACGAACAAAGUUUUAUGCUUGCGUAUAACUGAACUGCAACAUUUUAUUUUAUGUAAACUUUGUGUUGUACCAGAAAGCUUUUUUUCAAUUUACAGUAAACAAUGGUGUUCUUCACUUGGGCAUAUCCUUCUUGGGAUGUGUGUAGAGCAGUGCUGUUGACUGCUUUUGAGGAACAAAUAAAUAAUUUUAAAACAAA